AUGUGUCUUAUCCAAUCUAGGCUGAAAGACGAUGACAGUGGGGACCACGACCAGGACCAAGGCUCACCGAAAGACAGCGAAAAGGAAAAGAACGAAGACGACGACAAGGAACAGAACUCUACGAGGAAAAAGAUGGUGGUUCCAGGGGCAGGAGAGCAUCCUCUUCAGUACAACUACACCUUCUGGUACUCCAGACGCACCCCGGGGAGGCCAGCCAGCACCCAGAGCUAUGAGCAGAACAUCAAGCAGAUUGGAAGCUUUGCUUCGGUGGAGCAGUUCUGGCGUUUCUACAGUCACAUGAUCCGACCCGGCGACCUCACAGGCCACAGUGACUUCCACCUCUUUAAAGAAGGCAUUAAACCGAUGUGGGAGGAUGAUGCCAAUAAGAUGGGUGGGAAAUGGAUCAUUCGUUUAAGAAAAGGCUUGGCGUCUCGUUGCUGGGAGAACCUGAUCCUGGCCAUGCUGGGGGAGCAGUUCAUGGUGGGGGAAGAGAUCUGUGGGGCUGUUGUGUCCGUUCGCUUCCAGGAGGAUAUCAUUUCCAUCUGGAACAAGACGGCGAGCGACCAGGCGACCACAGCCCGGAUCAGAGACACGCUUCGUAGAGUCCUCAACCUGCCUCCCAACACCAUCAUGGAGUACAAGACACACACAGACAGCAUUAAGUAUAGCCUGGGAAGACUUCCAUGGUCUGGUGAAUGCUAG